AUGGGCAGUCCUCGCCUAGAACCAGCUUCAGGCUCCAAGAAUGGUGCGGAGACACCUACAGCUACGCAGAGUGAAAGCCACCAUAUCGAAGCAGCAUGGAAGGCACCAAAGCCCAAGGAGGGCGAUACGGCCAUGGCACUCUUCCAUGACUCGGACGAUCAUGAGCCUAUCGAUCCUGCCGAAGCAAGACGGCUGCUAUGGAAGAUUGAUUUUAUGAUAUUGCCUUAUCUCGCUGUUUGCUAUGCCUUUUUCUAUAUCGAUAAGACAACGUUGAGUUACGCCGCUAUCUUCGGUAUUAAUGAGGAUCUCAAUCUACAUGGUACACAGUACAGUUGGCUUAGCAGUAUUUUCUACUUUGGUUUCCUGGCAUGGGCUUUUCCUACUAACUUUCUUAUGCAACGUUUACCAAUCGGAAAGUACCUGGGAGCCAACAUCUUCAUGUGGGGCGUUUUUCUCAUGAUUCAAGCAGCAUGCCAUAACUUUGCUACGCUCGCCGUUCUCCGAGCUCUAGGCGGAGCAGCGGAGGCCUGCGCGGACCCUGCAUUUAUGCUUAUCACGAGCAUGUGGUAUACGCGACGUGAGCAACCUGUCCGCAUUGGUUUGUGGUAUACAGCCAAUGGACUUGGUAUCGCGCUGGGUGGCUUGCUAGGCUAUGGCAUCGGCCAUAUCAAAGGCGCACUUCCGUCGUGGAAGUACGAAUUUUUAGUAAUCGGCGCUCUGUGUUCAGUUUGGGGAAUCGUCAUGUUCAUUCUCCUUCCUGAUUCUCCCGUCUCUGCUCCCGGCCUCAGUCAGAGGGAGCGCAGGAUCGCAGUUGAGAGACUACGAGACAACCAGACCGGUAUUGAAAACAAGCACCUCAAACCUCGUCAAGUGCUAGAAGCAUUUUUGGACUACAAGCUCUACUUCUUCUUUACCCUGGGACUUGUCUGCAACAUCCCCAACGGUGGGAUCUCAAACUUUGGAACAAUCAUCAUCCAAGGAUUCGGAUACUCCACGCUAGUAACUACUCUCAUGCAGAUCCCCUACGGCGCCCUAAUUGCCCUGUCCGUGCUCGCCUGUGUCUAUCUCAAUGACCGCUUCGAGAACAGACGUUGCGUCUUUGUCCUGAUCUUCCUGAUCCCGAAUAUCGCAGGAACAUUCGGGCUGCGCUUUGUGCCGCCGGAUCGACAAGUCGGCCGUCUCAUCUGCUACUACCUGACAGGUCCAUACAAUGCCGCCUUUGUCCUCAUCCUGAGUAUGCAGAUUGCGAACACAGCCGGCCACACUAAGAAAGUCGUCACCAACGCCGUGCUUUUCCUCGGCUACUGUACGGGAAACAUCGCGGGUCCGUUUUUCUUCAAGGAUUCUCAAAAACCCACCUACGAGCUCGGCAUCUGGUCCAUGAUCGUCUCACAUUUGAUCGAGGCCGUCCUCAUCAGCACCCUCGGGCUGCUACUUCGCUGGGAGAACAAGAAGCGUGAUCGAAUCCAAUCGCAGAUGGAGGGUGGUUUGGAAGGCCGGGAUCUGGAUUCCACGGCGUUCAUGGAUUUGACGGAUCGGGAGAAUAUGAAUUUCCGGUACAUUUAUUAA